AUGAAGAUCGUGCCUUCGAUCGGCGGCUGGUCUUUGUCGCACGGCUUCCACGGUUGCGUCUCAAACAAGAGCAAAGCGGAGUCCUUCAUCGGCAACAUCGUGCACAACACGAAGUACUGGAAAUGGGACGGCGUAGACUUUGACUGGGAGCACCCGGGCAACGAGCUUGACUUCAUCAACAUGAUGACGUACGACUACUUUGGCACGUGGACGCAGAAGACCGGUCCGCUGGCGCCGCUGUACGACAGUCCGCUCGACAAAGACGACGACACGUUCAACGUGCACUACGGCCGAUAA